AUGAUCAUCUAUUGGGGCUUUUACCUUACUUCCGUUUUCGUUCUGAACUGGCUUGGCUUUAAAUUAUUUUAAUUAAUUUGAUAUCAUUAUGAAUCCUGAAUUUAUUAAAGUUCGAUUUGAUGAUCAAGAGCUUUCAUUACCUAUAAAUUCCAAUGGGAAUUCAAAAUUAUCUAUUGAAGCAAUAUUUCCCUCAAGCAUCUGGGUUAACCUAUUCUGCAAAUAAUCAAAAAUGUGGCUUGCCUAUUGAAUCGGAAGAAAUUUUAAUUAACCAUAAAAUUGAGUAUUAUGAUGUACACGUUGGACAAGAUUUAAAAAGUUCUAUCUCAAGCAAGAAAAGAAAACUAGUCCAUGAAAUGAUCAAUAAAAUCCAACUUAGCCAAGGAGUAAAUUCUUCUAAAACUCACAUGACGAAAAUGAAGAACAAGUGGGCUGAUUGUUCUACUGUAGUCUCAGCACAACCUACAUUAAAAAGAGUAUGACUUGGAUGGCUAGUAAAAAGAGGAGAUCGUUAUGAGCAAAUGAAGAAACCUAUAGGUAGAGUCAGAGAAAUACCUUUAGAAGUAGGCAAGAAAUAUUUAGUUAGUGAUAUAAAAAAAAAAUUGCGAUAGAGAAGUUUUCUUGCAAUAGCGAAGUAUCAUUUCAAAAUUCGGAUGGACGUCUUGGUCUUUUUGAUCGCACUAUACUAACCAGCUUUAGAGACAGCAAGGGUAUUUCCUGUUACUUGUGGACUUUUCUAAAAGAGCAAAAAUCGAGAUUAUUUACUUUGUAUAUAAUAACGUCUCCAAAAGGAUGUGCUGAGACAUGUGAACAACU